AUGUUGGUUGUCGAAGAACCUGCAGCUCCUGAACCGAUGAAUAAGGACGAAGAGAUGGAAGUUGACGAUGACUUCGAAGAAAUCAUUUCUGAGGACGAAAAAUACGACGAUAAUUUCGAAUAUAAAAUGAUCGAGAUUGAGAGAGCAGCGUGGGCAAGCUUCGAAGAAGUAUCACAAAACUUUUUAGGGAAUACGAAAAGUGAGAAUUACGUCAAUUUAGUUGAAGAGUUGUACAACUACGAUACUUUGGGUUGCUUGAUGAAUUCAAAAUUGCACUAUUUACAUUCUCACCUUUCACACUUUCCUGAAAAUCCUGGCGAUUACAGUGAAUAG